CAGCGCCGCCGAGCAGUGAAGCAUGCAGCACACAUCGAUGCGAAGCGAAGGGCUGCCUCGCGCGCGCGCGUAGUGAAGCGUCGGGCUGCCUCGCAUCGCUUGCGCGGUGGGGCAGGCGUCUGGACAAUAAUGCAGGGCUGCUUGGAGGAGGACUUUGCUGCGCUGCGGAAGCUGCGCGACGAGAGCGAGUGCGACGAGCUCAAGCAGGCGUGGUCCAGCGAGGACCCGCGCGAGUGGAGAUUCGAAUAUGAAGGCAAACAGCAGCCAUGUGUCACAGUGGCCGACGGCCGCGUGACUGUGCUCACCGUGAAAAGCGCGGACCUCACCGCGUUGCCGAACUCGAUCAGUGAUCUCGGUGCGUUGCAGGUGCUCAACCUCUGGUUUUGCUCGGGUCUCAAAGCACUGCCGGCCACGAUAAGUGGCCUCGGCUCGCUAAAAGAUCUUACCUUGUGGGGAUGCGGGAGCGUUGUCGAGCUGCCGGAUGCAGUUGGAGACCUUAGAAAACUGACGGAGCUCAAUGUGCAGGAAUGUGGGGAACUCGCCGCGCUACCGGACACGAUUGGUGAGCUUGGCGAGCUGACGACGCUGAAUCUGGUAGGAUGCUCGAACCUCGAAAAGCUACCAGACGCGAUCGAUGGCCGUGAAGGGCUGACGGUGCAGCUUCCGAUUCAACUGAUGACCGACAGCCCCCUGCUCGAAGACUUUGCCGUUCUGCGAAAACUGCGCGACGAGAGCGAGUGCGAUGAACUCAAGGCGGUGUGGACCGGCGAGGACCCGCGCACGUGGAUGUGCGACUUUGGAGGCGAACAGGGACAAUGUAUCGGAGUGGAGAAUGAUAGGGUAUCUGUGCUCGCGCUCUCGUGCUCGAGCCUCGUCUCGCUACCGGACGCGAUCGGCGAGCUCGGCGCGCUGACGGAGCUCGGGUUGUUCGAAUGCUCGAGCCUCGCCGCGCUACCGGACGCGAUCGGCGAGCUAAAGGCGCUGACACAGCUCAACUUGAACGGGUGCUCGAGCCUCGAGAAGCUACCAGACGCGGUUGCCGCGCGUGAAGGACUGAAUGUGACGCUGCCAUUUCACUUAAUGAUCCUGGAUCUACCAGCAUCCCUGCGCGAGGACUUCGUCACUCUGCGGAAGCUGCGCGACGACGACGUGAGUGGUGCGCUCAAGGAGUUCUUUGGGGAUGGCGAUGACCCGCGCGAGUGGGAAGAUGGCGAUGGAGAUGAAAUUGUCACGGUGGAGGACGGCCGCGUGACGAAGCUCGUCUUGUACAAGUGCACGAAAAUCUCUGCGCUGCCGGCCGCGAUCGGCAAGCUCGGCGCGCUGACAGAACUCACCUUGUGCGGGUGCUCGAACCUCGCCGAACUACCGGCCGCGAUCGGCGAGCUCAAAGCGCUGACGAUACUCAACUUGAUCGGGUGCUCGAGCCUCGUCGCGCUGCCGGACGCGAUUGGUAAGCUCGCCGCGUUGACGAUGCUCGAGCUGAGAGACUGCUCGAGCCUCACGUACCCUCCGAAAGAGAUGCAUGGCAACGUGCACAAAACCGUCGGCUUCUGUUGCCUCAAAAUUCUGGAAGACGGCAAAGUGUCUGUGGCAGACGUGAAGAAGAGUAUAGUGAAUCACGUUAUCACUAGAGGAGAUCUCGGGCGCAUCGACUCGCUUGCAAGCAAGGAUUCGGCGUUUGCUGAGAUGACUAAAUCAGUCAGGGCCGACUUCGCCGCUCUGCGGAAGCUGCGCGACGACGACGCGAGCGGUGCGCUCAGGAAAUUUUUUGGGGAUGACGAGGACCCGCGCGGGUGGAAACGCGGUAAUGCUGUCACGGUCUCCGUAGACGGGGUGACGGAACUCAGCUUGAUCGGAUGCUCGAGCCUCACCGCGCUGCCGGCCGCAAUCGGCGAGCUCAAAGCGCUGACGAGACUCGACUUGAGAGGGUGCUCGAGCCUCGCCGAACUGCCGGCCGCGAUUGUGGGGCGUGAAAGGCUGACGGUCAUGCUUCCAACUCAGUUGAUCCCGGGCUCUCUUGACGAAGACUUCGCCGCUCUGCGGAAGCUGCGCGACGAGAGCGAGUGCGACGUGCUCAAGGAGGCGUGGACCGACGACGACCCGAGAAACUGGAAGUGCGAUUUUGAAGGCGACCAGCAGCCAUGCGUCCAAGUGGCGGGCGACCGGGUGAGGGGGCUCCAGCUGUCCUUCUCGAGCCUCGCCGUGCUGCCCGACGCGAUCGGCGAGCUCGGCGCGCUGACGUAUCUCAACUUGGUCAACUGCUCGAGCCUCGCCGCGCUACCGGCCGCGAUCGGCGAGCUCGGCGCGCUGACCGAGCUCAGGUUGCUCGAGUGCACGAGCCUCGCCGUACUGCCCGAUGCGAUCGGUGAGCUUGGUGCACUGACGGAGCUCGUCUUGUACAACUGCUCAAGCCUCACCACGCUGCCGGCCGUGAUUGGCGAGCUCGGCGCGCUGACGACGCUAGUUUUGUACGGCUGCUCGAGCCUCGAAAAGCUGCCGACCGCGAUCGACGGGCUUAAAGGGCUGACGUUGGAGCUUCCGGCGCAACUUGUCACAGGCCCUCUGGCCGAGGACUUCGCCGCUCUGCGAAAACUGCGCGACGACGACGACACAAGCGGUGCGAUUAAGGAGAGCGUCGGGGAGGAUGAGGACCCGCGUAUGUGGAGAGAGGGCAGGAGCGUCACGGUGGCGGACGGUCGGGUGACGAUGCUCGUCUUGUACGAGUGCACGAAACUCACCGCGCUGCCGGCCACGAUCGGCGAGCUCAAAGCGCUGGCGACCCUCAAAUUAGGAAAGUGCUCGAGCCUCGCCGUGCUACCGGACACGAUCGGCGAGCUCGGCGCGCUGACGAAGCUCCACUUGUACAAAUGCACGAGCCUCGCCGCGCUGCCGGACGCGAUCGGCGAGCUCAAGGCGCUGAAGUCGCUCGAACUGUUCACAUGCUCGAGCCUCGUCGCGCUACCGGAGUCGAUCGGCGGCCUCGACGCGCUGACAGAGCUCGACUUGCAGGGCUGCUCGAGCCUCGUUGCGCUACCGGACGCGAUCGGCGAACUCGGUGCCCUGACGAAGCUCGACUUGAGAGGGUGCUCGAACCUCGCCGCGCUACCGGACGCGAUCGGCGAGCUCGGUGCGCUGACGGGGCUCAACUUGAGCGGCUGCUCGAGCCUUGUCGCCCUACCGGACUCCAUUGGUAAGCUCGGCGCGCUGACGAUGCUCAAUUUGAACGGUUGCUCGAGCCUCACGUAUCCUCCGAAAGAGAUGCAUGGCAACGUGCACAAAACCGUCGGCUUCUGUUGCCUCAAACUGCUGGAAGACGGCAAAGUGUCUGUGGCAGACGUGAAGAAGAGUAUCUUAAAUCACGUGGUCUCUGGAGGAACCGCCGAGCGCAUCGACGCGCUCGCGAGCAAGGAUUCGGCGUUUGCGGACAUCACCGAAUCAGCCAGGGCCGACUUCGCCACUCUGCGAAAACUGCGCGACGACGACGCGAGCGGUGCGCUCAAGAGGUACUUUGGGGACGGCGAGGACCCGCGCGAGUGGACACGCGUUACGGUGACGGACGGCCGGGUGCCGAAGCUCGACUUGUCCUACUGCAGGAGCCUCGCCAAAUUGCCGGCCGCGAUCGGCGGGCUCGGCAUGCUGGCGUUUCUGAACUUACAACACUGCUCGAGCCUCGCCGAACUGCCGGACGCGAUCGGCGAGCUCAAAGCGCUGACGGAACUCAACUUGACAGGGUGCGAGAGCCUCGCCGCGUUGCCGGCCGCGAUCGGCGAGCUCAAAGCGCUGAGGAGGCUCGACUUGACAGGGUGCGAGAGCCUCGCCGCGUUGCCGGCCGCGAUCGGCGAGCUCAAAGCGCUGAGGAGGCUCGACUUGAACAAAUGUUCGAGCCUCUCCGCCCUACCGGAGUCGAUGGCCGGUCUCGACGCGCUGACAAAGCUCAACUUGAGCGGCUGCUCCAAGCUGACGUUCCCAACCCCACACACGCACGGAGAUGGUGCUGAGCGAAUCAAACGUCUCCUCGCGAACACGACUAGCUUCCUCGACGAGGGCCUCCGUGCGGCCGACGCUGACGACGACGCAAAAGCGGACUUCCUCGAGAUCGUCCACUGCGCGCCCUUCGCCGACCGCCUCGAAGAAGCAGUAAGAAAGGACCCGGCGCUCGCCGACCUCACGAACGACAAGGGCCAGCGCGCCAUCGAUCUCGCCUGCUUAGAAUGCCGCAGCGCUAUGCAAAAAGCCCUUUUCUUCCUCGGCCGCUACGACGUCGACAAAGGCCCGCCGGAGCACCGGUCCGCGACGUCGCUCGUCGUGCGAGCCGUCGACCACGAGGCGGCCGACGAUUACGGGAAGCUAUUUGACGAAUUCGACAAGGACGGUAGCGGGACACUUGACUCGAAUGAGCUCGGAGCCCUCGCAACAAAGCUGGGCACGAACGUCGAGAUCUUAAAGCUAGAAGACGGGCAAAGCUACACGAGAAAAGCGUUUGUCGCGAAAUGCCAGCGGCUCUUCGGCAAGGAACGCAAGGUGGUCCUCAAGAUCUUCCAGGUCGAAGAGCAGUGGCGGAACGAGAAGCGGGGCCGCGACGAUCAACAGCUCGACGCGCGCUACGUCGUGCAGACGAUCCCGGCGCCCACGGACGACGAAUUUGCAAAAGCGCUCGGCGAGACGAAUCUCUUCGGCGAAGGCGUCGGGUCUCGAGCCAUAGUCAUGGACGCCGCCAAUCGAAACCUGUUCCAGAUCUACCAGUCGGAGCGGCCGGAUCUGAACAAGGUGCGCAUGCUGAUGCAGCAGGUCAUGGAGUGCGUCCAGCAUCUACACGAGAAGAGGCUCGUCCACGGCGACAUCAAGAUGCUCAACGUCGUGCGACUGUCCCUCGAUAAUCGCCUGCGCUUGAUUGAUCUAGACGCGGCCGCAAAGGUUAGCCGUCAUGAUGGAGACUACGUCUGCGCCAAGUUCUCGUCCGCGAUUCUACCCCCGGAGUGCUUCGCCAAGCUCAACGCUGAUCAAGUGACCAAAUUUGAAGCGUACUUUGAAGGCGUUGACACGGAGCUCCGGGAGAAGGUAGCGCCAAAGACCAAGCAUGGUGCAUCGUACGUCGUCAAGACGUUCUCUCUCACCGAUGAUGGCGCCCCCAAAAUCGACGGCCUGCCGUACGAGCUCGUGGAAGCAUCCGUAGCUGUCGACUACUGGUCGCUCGGCGCACUCUUGUUCCAGCUGGUCGCGGGUGAACCGCUCGUGCCCUCGAAUCGCGACGACGACUGUGUUAACGCCAAAAGCAUGGCCAUAUUGGCCUCUUGGAACGACCACGCUGCAAAAAAGAAUUUGGCCGUUAUCAAGGACGCCGCAGCGCGGGAUCUCGCGUCGAAGCUGCUCGUCCGCGAUCCUGAUGAGCGGGCCGAAUUUAGCAUCGCCGACACACUCGCGGCACACCCAUUCUUCAAGCCGCCCAAGCCUGGCGACGUGGCGACACAAGAAAAACUGGAUAAGAUCAUCGAGCAACAAGAGAAGGAUAGCAAGAAGUUAGAUGCCAUUCUUAGUCUGAGCGAGAAGCACCGCGACGAGCUCCGCCAGACGCGCAGCACGCUCAUGCGGGCUAUAUAUGAAGCCACAGAGGUCUCGACGCCGACGGCGUUUGUUGUUCUGAAGGAGCGACUCCCGGCGGGGGAAGCCAGCGUCGAGUUGACGUUGAACGAUGACGGCACUGGGUUUGUGGUGGAGGGCGAAGCCGUCGACGAGGCGAAGGACCGAUACGAAGAGAGCAAGACCUGGCUGAAUCUUUGUGCGCGAUUCGGGCGCGGCGUUGCGAAGUGCAGCCCAUCGGCCAUCGCCGAGGCCGUCGCUGGUGCCUGCGAGGAACUCGUGGUCGGCGAGGAGAUGUGGUUAUACUUGAUAGACGAGCUGACAGGGAAACCCGUAGUGCCGGAGGGCGAAUCCAUCUACCCUAUUCGCAUCACCAAGCCGGCCGAGGUCGUUUCGAAGCUCUUACCGGCCAUGCAGGUCGGCCUGCACGCGGCGUCACUGGUCAACGGCGUCGCGGGCGUCGUCCGACUCUUUGGCUACCCGUGCCCAAAGGUUCCCGAGGCGUGGCGCGAGGGCGCGCAAAACUCGGUCGAAGUGCUGAAGCAGGAGAGCUCGGUCGAGGCUUUUGGGGCGGUCCACGAGAAGGUGCAGGACGGCGGCGAAGAGACGGAGACGGUUCGAGGGGCGGCCCUGCGGGAGCUGGAGGCGUUUUAUGCAAAAUACGAUCCGGACCGGGAGUACGCGGGCCUGCGACGAAUAGGCGACCCUAGCGACGGGACGGCCGUGUGGACGCUGUUGACGGACCCCGAGGAGGUGAAGGCGGCCAUUGAGAAACGCGCCGCGCAGCGCCGGGCGGAGGCGAGGCGGCACGACGAGAGAUUCCAGGAGCUGAUGGAUAAUGCCGAGGCCGGUGCCCCUGCGGCGGCCACGACACCGGCGAUGCCGAUCGCCGCGGCGGGCGGCGGCCCAUCGGCCGCCCGCGCCCUCGCGUCGCCGCGGCGCUAG